UCGUGACGCGCGCCGUGCGCGGAGGCCAAGAUGGCGGACGAGGAGGGCGAAGCGCGGCCGGGGGCGCGGAACGGAGCCGGGGAGGGACCCCCGGGCGGGCCCCGCGUCGUCCGCAUCGUCAAGUCCGAGUCCGGUUACGGCUUUAACGUCCGCGGGCAAGUGAGCGAAGGCGGGCAGCUGCGCAGCAUCAACGGCGAGCUGUACGCGCCGCUGCAGCACGUCAGCGCCGUGCUGGGCGGAGGGGCCGCCGACCGCGCCGGGGUGCGCAAGGGGGACCGCAUCCUGGAGGUGAACGGCGUGAACGUGGAAGGAGCCACGCACAAGCAGGUGGUGGAUCUGAUCCGCGCCGGGGAGAAGGAGCUGGUGCUCACGGUGCUCUCGGUGCCGCCACACGAGGCCGAGAGCCUGGAGCCUCCCGAGGAGCCGCUGGGGCCGCCCUUCUACGACUACAGCGAGAAACAGGCGGUGCCCAUCUCCAUCCCCACCUACAAACACGUGGAGCAGAGCGGAGAGAAGUUCGUGGUGUACAACGUGUACAUGGCGGGGAGGCAGCUGUGCUCCAAGCGUUACCGGGAAUUCGCCAUCCUGCACCAGAACCUGAAGCGGGAAUUCGCCAAUUUCACCUUCCCGCGGCUCCCCGGGAAGUGGCCGUUCUCGCUGUCCGAGCAGCAGCUGGACGCCCGCAGGAGGGGCCUGGAGGAGUACCUGGAGAAGGGUAUGGAGCCUGCCUGGAAUGCUUCCUCAUCCCGGAAUUCUGGGAUUCACGGUCCUUCCUCAUCCCGGGAUUCUGGGAUUCGCAGUCCUUCCUCAUCCCGGAAUUCCAGGAUUCACAGUCCUUCCUCAUCCCGGGAUUCACAGUCCUUCCUUAUCCCGGAAUUCCGGGAUUUGCAAUGCUUCCUCAUCCCGGAAUUCUGGGAUUGGCAAUGCUUCCUCAUCCCGGAAUUCCGGGAUUCACAGUCCUUCCUCAUCCCGGAAUUCUGGGAUUCGCAGUCCUUCCUCAUCCCGGGAUUCACAGUCCUUCCUCAUCCCGGGAUUCACAGUCCUUCCUUAUCCCGGAAUUCUGGGAUUUGCAAUGCUUCCUUAUCCUGGAAUUCUGGGAUUCACAGUCCUUCCUUAUCCCGGAAUUCCGGGAUUCACAGUCCUUCCUUAUCCCGGAAUUCUGGGGUUCACAGUCCUUCCUUAUCCCGGAAUUAUGGGAUUCACAAUCCUUCCUCAUCCCGGAAUUCCAGGAUUUGCAAUGCUUCCUCAUCCCGGAAUUCCGGGAUUCACAAUGCUUCCUUAACCUGGAAUUCUGGGAUUCGCAAUGCUUCCUCAUCCCAGAAUUCCGGGAUUCACAGUCCUUCCUUAUCCCGGGAUUCACAGUCCUUCCUUAUCCCGGAAUUCUGGGAUUCGCAGUCCUUCCUUAUCCCGGAAUUCUGGGAUUCGCAGUCCUUCCUUAUCCCGGAAUCCCAGGAUUCAAUAAUCCUUCCUCAUCCUGGGAUUCGCAGUCCUUCCUUAUCCCGGAAUUCUGGGAUUCACAAUCCUUCCUCAUCCCGGAAUUCUGGGAUUCACAAUCCUUCCUCAUCCCGGAAUCCCCGGUUUCAAAAUCCCUCCUCACCCCAAAGUCCCUGA